CUUAAACCAAAGCGAUUGAUUUCGCGGGCUAUUGAGUGCUCACGUGCACUGGAAGCGCGCUAUCAGCAAAUUUCCUGUACAGAGGCAAUUGACAGGCGUCAUGAGGUGGAUGGAUGUUUUUCUCUCAGUUUCCAUGUCUGUUCUCGUAUAUUUAAAUUCACUGAAUGGAGGGUUAGUGUUCGACGAUAUUCGUGGAAUUUCAAAGAACGAAGACAUCCGUACCGACGUAACAUCUGUGUGGAGGUUGUGGCAAGAUGACUUUUGGGGCGGGGCCAUGAGCAGAGAGCAAAGCCAUAAAUCCUAUCGUCCGCUCACCGUACUGUCAUAUCGAUACCUUAACUACGCUAUAUGGGGCUUAGAACCAUUUAGCUAUCAUCUGGUGAAUGUCCUCAUGCAUGCAACGGUGACAGGACUAUUGGUGUUGAUGACGACCAUUCUGGUGGGCGGAGCUGAUCACAUACCGAUGUUUGCAGGUAGUUUGUUUGCUGUUCACAGCGUUCACACGGAAGCUGUGAAUAACAUUGUAGGACGAGCUGAGUUACUGAGUGCUGUCUUCUUUUUGUUGUCUUUUAUUUCUUAUGUUCGAAGUUGCACAGCCAGUAAUGAAUUUUGCUCUUCAAAAACAGACUGGAGGUGGUUCACUGUUAGCUUGUUGAUGGCUGCUUGUUCUAUGUUGAGUAAAGAGCAAGGAGUUACGUGUCUUGCAAUCUGCACAGUAUAUGACAUUCUUGUUCAUUUUGAUGAAUUGUCCCAAUGGCUAAGUAUCAAAGGUCUAGUUCCUGAUAGGAAGAGAAGAAAUGUAGUGAAACACAUGCCCAAACCUCCAUUUUAUGUGUUCUACAGGCUGAUAUUGACUGCGGUGUGCGUUAUUGUUCUGCUUUACUUCCGUCUGUGCAUGAACUCGGGGACUCAACCAAUCUUCAAACCUGAGGAGUUAAGGGCAUCGUUUCACCCAGAUCAGCAGACGAGAAUGCUCAGUUUUGGUUAUAUACAUGCAUUUAAUGCAUGGCUAUUGUUGUGUCCCUACAGUCUCUGCUGUGACUGGUCACUGGGAUCCAUACCAUUAGUCCACAGUCUAUGGGAUAUGAAGAACCUGGCACCUCUUACAGUGUAUGCUGUUAUUGCAAUUUUGUUUCUCAACAGUUUGAUUAAAGCAGAAGAAAGAUUUGCAGUUGGGAUGAGCCUGGCGUUUCUUGUUGUACCAUUUAUGCCAUCAUCGGGUGUUGUAUUCAGAGUGGGCUUUGUUGUUGCAGAGCGUGUAAUGUACCUACCAAGCAUCGGCUUCUGCAUGCUGGUGGCUCUUGGCAUCAAACGUCUGUCUUCCUACUUUGGUUCUGUUACCUAUUUCAUUUUUAUCUCUCUUUUAAUAUUGCUUUCAAUCAAAACAUUUGAUCGCAACAAGGACUGGAAAACUGACUUUAGCCUAUAUCAAUCAGGCAUAAAGAUUAACCCAUUAAAUGUCAAGAUGUACAGCAACUAUGGUCUUGAACUGAAAAACAAAGGAGAACAAGCAAAAGCCAAACACAUAUAUGAAGAAGCAUUAAAAAUCGAACCUAAUUACAGUGAGGCUAUGUUUAACCUUGGAAAUGUUUACUCUGAUGAAGGAAAACUGGAAGACGCUCUCUAUUAUUUUCGAGGUGCAUUGCAGUCAUCUUACACCAGACCACAAGCACUGAACAACAUGGCUACUAUGCUACUCAAGCUAGGAAAGUCAGAAGAAGCGGAGCAGCAUUUUCUGGAGCUUAUUCAAUUGAAACCAGACCAUGCACAAGCAUACAAUAACCUUGCAAGUUUGUAUGGUCAAACAAAACAACACGAUAAAGCAGAAACAAUGUUCAAGAAAGCAAUCAAUGUUCUUCCAUCUUAUACAGAAGCACAUUUUAACUAUGGUACUCUGCUUUAUCAGAUGGGAAGAAUGAGCGAAGCAGAGUCCUACCUUCGAAUGGCUCUCUCUCUAAAUCCACAUCACAAAGGAGCACAAAACAACCUGCAAGUCGUGCUUUAUGACAAGACAAAGAAGUCAUAAAAUUGAUCAGCAGAGAUUGUUGAAAUUUUUGGUGUUAUAUAGAAUAAGUACAUCCGAGCAAAUGAUUUUUAUCAAUAUUCUUGUUGAUGUUAUUUCUUACAGUGAUGAUGAUUUGAUGUUAUUUGUUACAGUGAUAAUGAUUAAAUAUAAUCAAAUAGACUCGGUUUUAAUAGAGAGUGCAAACCU